AUGAAGAUGGAGCAAUCUUUUGAUGACUUCUAUGAUCAGAUAGUCCCAGACUGUCCACGGGUCUUCACAACAUAUCGAAGUCCCAUCUCUACAGAAGAUGGAUAUGACCAACAGGAAGAGUGGUGGAGGAGGCCACAGGCUCCUAAAACACCAGAGAACAGCUUUAAUAUCCGCCCUCACGACCGGAGCUGCCGCAACGAAGAGAGAGAGAACGAAUCCACAGACGGCGUCCCAGACACCGGGCGCCCCAAAUAUUUACCUGAGUCUCUGCUCAAAUCUAAGCUCGAGGAUCAGUCAGAGAUUCAGAGUUUACUUUCCGACUCGAGCGGCCUCCACUCAGAAUAUUCCUUUUCGGAAAACACCACGAUGACUCCAAAGGACACAGAGUGGGAAUGGAUGGUGUUCAAAACAUCAAAGGAAGCCUUGACUCCAGAGACGGGGAUGUCCACAGUGGAUGUCCAGGGUCAAGAACCUUCCCAAAUCAAGUUUCCUAAAAUUGACAAAGACAAAAAGACAAAAUUCAAGAACAUGGAGAGGAUGUACCAACAGUUACCUCCCAACUCGGCCUUUGAUGUUGAUGAGCCCAUCAGUCCAGAGCCGGACUCCCCUCCUCCCCUUGACUGGGAAUCAGUUAUUGGAAUAAGUCCUAAAACCUGUAAAAAGAGGGGGGUUAAAACCACAAAGUCAACUCUGAAAUCACCAGAAACAAACCCUUCAAGACUGAAGGAAGUUCCAGUGGAACCAAAGAGUCUGGCAGAAGUCACUGCAGACGCCAGACUUGUUCUGGAGGCACUAGCACAUUAUGUGGGCGCCCUAAAAGUGGGUGAGGCCCAAGAGGCAAAGAGAAGCAUGAACCAAGACUUUGAUCAUGCAGCCUCAUCUAUUGUUUCCCUCGUUCUCGACAAGUCUUGCACCAAAAAGACCAAAAGACAGGAGACCACUCAUAAAAUCAAGUCUUUUCUGGUCCUGUGUCGAGCUAAAACCAGACUCUACUCUGCAUUGAGUCAACUGUGUCUCCAGAUCUCAGGCACAAGGGACAGUUUGUCAGUGCUGGAGAUGAUGGCCGUCGUUUCUCCUCUUCUGCAGGAGCUGGUUUCAGACGACACAGAGACAGACCUUUAUGAGCGGCUGUCUCAGGGUUUGAGUGCAGGAAUAUACCAAGAGCUGAAAGACCAGAUUACUCGCACUGUUACUGAAAAUCUGGCACAGCGGAAAGGACGCCGCAGCAGCUGCAGGAGACUCGCAGAGGCUCACAUUGAGUCCGUCAUGGAGGACAUCAGCACAUGGCUUUGUCUCCAACUGCAGCAGAAGGAUAACCCUAUCAAGACUAGUCUCCGAAAAAUACGACGGAUCGUAGCCUCAAAGACCGAGGACCAGGACCAGCAGGAAAACAUCUGGACGAGUCCAGAUCCAGGACUGAAGGAAGCAGCUGCGAGUGGAGCAGAGAGAGACGUGAAGAGCAGCUUCUCCUCACAGCACUUUGCAAACACACAGACUGACACUGUGCACUGGGGUGGGCUGCUGUAUGAAGUGUCCUCUAAAGUCUUACGCUCCAAAAACAUGGAUGAGUUGACAGCUUUUGGGAAAGAGUUGACGGACGUGUUAGAGCAGGAGAAGUCGUCAUGGAACAUCCAGGUGGAGCUGAACAAAGACAGUGUGGAGACCAUUGCACAGGCCGUGUACAAAGACCUGUGCAGAGGGAGAGGAAAGAGUGCGGUGAGUCAGAGCGCCCGGCUCCAGCCCGACUACAACAUCCAGGUCCUCGAGAGCAUCCGUCGACACGUGGAGAAGCCCUUGCAGAAGCGCACAGUGGGCUCAGUCUUCAGAUCUGUGUGUAAGAGCUUCUGCUUUUGGAGCUAA